AUGGCUCAGAGCCUUUCUCAACGUUGCAGAAAAAUGUUACCUUCAUUUUUCAAAGGAUAUAUUUGUCUUCUUUCCUUACUUUUUCUUGCUUUGGUUAUUUACUACUUUCGAGUGCCAUUGCGAGCUUAUGAAAAGUUUGAGUCAAUUGUCUCUGUUGGCGUUUAUUUUAACAAUCUGACGCCAAAAUUUUAUGUUGCAUUAACGGGAACUUCAAGUCUAGUAUCCGGCAUUAUUUUGAUUUUUGAAUGGUGGUACUUUAAAAAGUUUGUUUUUUGCUUAUUUUAG